CCUAAACCUUUGGCCCAAAAUACAAAAAGCCCAACCCAGAGUCCCCCAACGUUCAGCCUCUUCCCGCCGGCUACAUCUCCGCCAGUGUAGUCUCGUACCGGUUUUCGUCGGAAUUACUUGCUACGCCCUCAGACCUUCAAUUCGUUAAGCUGGACAAAGCGCUUUCAGACGAGGACUGUACCGAUUAGAGAGUUGCAUUCUUCUCCUUGUACAGGGUUCGCUUCUAGGACGAGUGCAGCUCGUUGACCGCCACAGACCGUCUUUCCGGCAACUGAUGAAAGUGCCAGCAUGACCAAUGAAUCUAUGGACCAAGGAGAUCAAGUUACUGAUGCAAUGUUCAUUAAGAGCCCCAACAAUGGUUCUGAUGGGCCUCAGAGUAGCAAUUUCAAGUGGAUUCCUAAUGAUGAGAAAAAUGCAUCUGGAAAUGGAAACACUCAUGGAAAUCUGGAUCUCAAUGUUGGUGAUUACUCUAUUGCGCCCAACAAAGAUAUGAGGAUCUUCACAAAGCUCUCUGCACCACUCCGCCUCCUUUUCGUCUUCCUCUAUCUUAAAACUGCCUUCUCAUCCUCUAUACAUGCUUCUUCCUUCUCAACAACGCAUCUCUGCUCUCAUGAGGAGGCUCUUGCUUUGCUGCAAUUCAAGACAUCCUUCUCCAUCAAUUACAGCAUUCCUUAUCCAGGUUAUCCAGAUUAUUGUGCGGAUCAUUUUUAUACUAAACCUAAUUAUUCUAAGAUUGAGUCAUGGAAGGAAGGUGUAGACUGUUGUUCCUGGGAUGGGGUUAGCUGUGAUAACGUCACAGGCCAUAGCCUCAAUCUUUCCUUGAAUGAUUUUAGGCAUUCCAAGAUUCCAUCGGAAAUCAGUCAGUUUACUAGACUAAAGCAUCUUGAUGUCUCUUUUUCUCGAUUUUCGGGCCAAGUUCCGGGAGAAAUUGCUCACCUCCCCAAGAUGGUCAAUAUUGGAGCGACUGCUUUGGUUACAGAUGCAGCAAUAGCAAUAUUUGGAGAAGCUGGUGUUAGGGCAGCAAUUGGAGUUGGUAGUUUGCUUCUUACUGAGAUCACUCCAAAAAGUAUAGCUGUUCACAAUCCCAUAGAGGUUGCUAGAUUUGAAGUCAGGCCAGUAGCAUGGCUUUCCUUGAUACCAUAUCCAGUGGGAAGAAUUGUUACUUAUUUAUCAAUGGGAAUGCGUAAAUUACUUGGUCUAAAAGGGAAAAGUGAACCUUAUGUUAUUGAAGAUGAAUUAAAGCUGAUGCUAGGUGGGGCAGAAAUGAGUAGAGCAAUAGAGGAGGGAGAGCAGGAUAUGAUUGAAAAUGUAUUAGAGAUACAGGAUACUCAUGUUAGAGAGGUAAAAACACCCCUUGUUGAUAUGGUUGCAAUUGAUGCAAGUGCAACUCUUGUUGAUUUCCAACAUCUGUGGGUGACUCACAAGGUAGGGAAUUGGUAAUUCAUCUCUAAGACUUUGUCUCCUUCAAGAAACUUGUUGAAAGAUUUCUGUUUAUAGGGUACCUGUUUUUGAGUAGUGUGUUGACAAUAUAGUUGGCAUUGCAUAUGCAAUGGAUCUACUUGAUUUUGUUCGGAAGGGCAGGCAAUUUCCCCCUUUGAUGCACCCUUUUUUCCAUCAUUAGAACUUUUCGUAUCAAUUAUAUGCAACAAUGUCAAUAUCAUAGCAUGCAGAUUUAUAAUCACUUUGAUUUUUAUUUCUUUUUUUGGGAACUGGUGAGGAUGGGCAACUUGAAAGUUUUACUGUGAGAGACAUGGCUACAAUCCUGCCUACUUUGUGCCUGGAGGAGAUCCAGAAGAAAACUGGCUAUAUUGUAAUGAGAGCAGAGGGAGUAUAUGAUGUCCAUGCCCAUGCAUCUAUUUAUUGGCUGAGGACUUGAAUAUCAAAAUGGCAGAGGAACAUCAGUAUGAGACAGUAUCUGGUUUUGUAUGCGAAGUAUUUGGAUACAUCCCUAGGGCUGGUGAGAGCAUCAAAGUUGUCCUCAAAAGGGAUAAUCAAGAUGAAGAUGAUAAGCAUGAUGAAGAUGGAUCUGAUCAUCAAGAUUUGAAGGAAAGGCAUCAAAUAUAUAGACUUGAGGUAGGGUAAAAGAACCGAACAGAUUUCAGUAAAAAAUCUAAGAAAAUGAAUGUAGCUAG